AUGGGGUCCAAUGCACACUCUCAUUCAUCCAACCAUGCCAUCCAACUACGAGGAGCAGGAGGCGCCAGUGCGCAAGGAACACGGCCCUCACAGCAGGAUCAAUACGCAAUAAUCCUUCCAGACCAGAUCCCCAAGACGACGAUUCACUAUGAAGUAGCCAUCUUCGCGGUCUAUGACGGACAUGGCUCCAGUAAAGUUGCGAAACAUGCAAAGCGACACAUCAGGGAGCUCCUCUUUGAAGGCGACGCGCUGCAAGCCGGUCGGUAUGAGGAAGCGAUCCGACAAGCCAUCCGAAAAGAAGAGGAAACGCUUCUUGAGGAAUGUCAAGAUGGAGAGGACAAAUUCGCGAUCGGUGGAUCAACGGUCUCGGUGGCGAUUAUCAAUCUUAACAAGGGUGUGGUGGUGGUAGGUAACCUGGGCGAUUCGCAUAUCCUUCUGGGCGAGUGCGACUUAACUGGGCAAUUGGAUACUGUGCAUCGGUUGACGCAAGACCACAAGCCCGACAGUCCGAGAGAGAAGGAGAGGAUCGAGGCGGCGGGGGGAACGGUCAACUAUGAGUCGGAUACUGCGCGGAUAGGAGCCUUGAAUAUGUCGCGCGCACUGGGGGAUCUGCAGUAUAAAAACCCACUCAACAAUGAUACUGCAGGUCCAAGCACUGCAGGCCAGGAACUAGCGGCUAUGACGGCGUCGAUCGAGCAGGGCAACUUUUUGUCUAGUGAACCGUCCAUCGUCCGUGUAGAUCUGCGGCAAGAUCGUCGGUAUAUCCUGGCUUUGACGACAGACGGUGUCACCAAUGUGCUGGAGGAUAAUGUCGUCAUCGAUGAAAUCAAAACACGGCAUGAAGGGGGGCUAGGAGUGCAGCAGGUGGCAGACGAGCUCGUCCGGGACGUUGCAGAGGGUUCGCGGAGGGAUAACGCUACAUGUAUUGUGGUCUUCCUGGAUGGAUGUUUGUCUUGA